AUGGAUCGCGUGAGGGUGUUGCUGAGUGGGGGUUUUGGUAGUGGUGAUGCUGUCGACACGGUGACCCUCCCACUGCAACAUGACGACCAAGAGACGGCUUUUGAACUGGGUGACGACGACGACGGUAACGGUAACGGCGACUUGCAGACGCUAGUGUCGGACUCAGUGACGAUCGGGGACCUCCAGCGGCUUGGGUUCGUUAACAGGUGUCCCCCAUUUCACUCGCAGCGCGUAAUGCCCUUUGUGUCAGUGCUGUUAAGUAAGGGUAUCUGGGCAUUCCCCAGUGAAAACAGUCUCGCAGUGUACCUUCGCAACAAGCGACAACUGGAUAAAGUUGACUACGACGCGGGCGUUGGUGUUCCCCUGUUCCACGCGGUCAUGGGGAACACUCUAAAAAGCGUCCUGUUCAUGAACAAACAGCAGGGACCAGUCAUGAGAGUGUACAAGUACGAAAUCGUCCACACUAAGGAUGUAAAUGCAUACACAGAAGGUCAGGUGGUGCACGAACAAGGUACUCGUGCGCUUAUCAAGUUUGAGUUCUGUAAUGUCUUCAAAGCACACCUGCCAAACUCGCUUAGAGUCGACCACACGUUCACCUUCUACAAUGGCCAAUCGGUCACAAUGUCGAACUACAGGGACAAGAGGGACAUUGACACGCGCGUCGCAAGGAUUGCCUCUGAGGUAGGUUCGGGUUCUCGGGGUUUGCAUUCACCGUUCGGGUCCAAUGACUAUCAAACUGCUAGUCCUAGACGACAACAUGCCCACUUUCCUUACAAGCAGAGGGCGACCACGAUAACAUCAACGUAUUACAACGGUACAACCGAGGAGACCCCUCGGGGCGCUCCCCGUUUGGGGAAGUACUCUGACGCAAACGUGUCGAUGAUCCCAAAGAAACGGAUCCUAACACUAGCGACAUUCAAGAUCAACGAGUUCGCUCCAUCGAAUGGAGACGGUGCCUCAGAUGGGAUACUAAACAUCCACUGGGACACGCAAGUCUUGACGUGCAUGUGUCUACUUUUGCAUGAGUACGAAUCCAGGAAGGAGAGAAGACACGCAAACUCGUACGGGUAG